AUGUUAUCAGCAUCAGACUCUCUGGACUUUCAAGGCACAAAACGUAACAAGAUCCUCAUCAUUGGGCCUGAUCAUACCGUAAUUCUCAGCUUUGUCACUCGACUGCUACGAGAUACAAACCAAUCUGAUCUCAUCCAAACACACUUAUCAUCACCUGAAAUACAAGACGGACUGACAAUUCCAUACACGCUGGAUACAAGAUACUAUACUGCCCAAACCUCAUUAUGGGUCGCAUCAACCGAUACUGCUGCUAACGAUAUCUCACAUUGGAAUGUGGUUGCUCCUGCUAUCGAUGCUGUCAUAUACGUGUUUGACCGGGCUGAGCCUACGACAUUCACGCAUAUACAUCCAUGGUCGGAUUUUCUGAGUAGCCAUGAUCCGAACGUAUCGCUAUGUGUUGCUCAUUCGAUGGACGACAGACAAGACAGCAGUAGUGGACUAGACGCUUGUGAAGAUUGGUGUAUAGAUCUUGGAUUUGAGUUUGUAGAUGUGUGUGCUUCCGCAACUAGUGAGGAUGCUGGUGAUGGUGGCAAUAGUGAUGCAGCACGAGAAAAAUUCGGCUUCCCUCGAAUUAUAGAAGCACUAGAAUCCAACAUGUGGGAUGGCCUAGUUCGCAAACCAACACGGACUAGUGGUGUGUCUGGUGAUAUUACAAGUGCACAGAAUCGACUGUCUGCUCCUGUUACCACUAGUACCGGUAGCAGAGGUGGAUCAGACCUAGCAGCCCUAUAUACAGAAACCAUGAGUUCAUUUGCUCGUGAGUUGUCUGAUAAUGACGAUGAAGAUGAUCUUGAUGCAGAGGGGUUCGAGGUUGCGUUGCAGAGGUUGAGACAUUUACGUGAGCAAUCAAAGCUCCUCUCUGACGAAGAGAGACGAGAGCUGACUGCGAAGAUAUCGUCAACGUUGGAUGAUGACGAUAAGGACGAUUUCGGAGAGUUUAUGCGUGCACCAACAGUUGUAGGUGAACCUAGUGGUCUAGGUAGAUAG